GUCUCGGAGGAGGAACCAAACGCACGGGGACCAACGCGACAAGGCCAAGAAGUGGAAGCCGGCGUGCGGAGGAGAGAGAAACCCUUGCCCCAGCCAUGGAACUCGCCCGCCGAGCCGCUCAUCGGGCCGACGCCGGCGACAUCUACGGCAUUCCCACCCCUUCCCCUGAUGCGCAGACGACGAUACAAGAGCUCCGCCGGGAACUCUUGCACGAGGAAAUCCGCCAGCGAAUCAUUGUGGCCGAACUAGCCAAGCAGCAGGAGCUGGAGCCUGAAUUCCGGCGCCAACUCUUGUACAGUAAUGCUGGUGCCAGGUUCCGGCAGAUCACAAUUCCCCGCCAUGGCACAUCCCCUUUGCCGCAUAAUGAGCCACUGGACGUGCCCGUGUCACUUGCGAGACAGCCCGUUAAAGAUCGGAUUGAGGAAUGGUAUCGACCUCCAUGGUGCAGGCCAGCGAGCGAGGAUGAACCAGUCGUCAGGGCAAAGCGGCACAAACAGGCACUUUCUGGGGUGAAGAGGAAACGGAGUGCAGAAGCUCCAUCAUGGAUUUGCAGCGUCUGCGACGCGAAUUGCUACAAUGAAACAGAUUUACAGAAUCACUUAAGAGGCAGAAGGCACCAAAGGAACAUAGAAGCUCUGCAGGGAGAAGGCAAGGGAGCUGAAGCGAGGCUGCAUGAAAGGGAAGUGCCCCAGCCUGCGGACAAGAACCUGAAACCAGUGUCAACAUGGUUGUGCAGCAUCUGCGAUGCGAACUGCACAUCUCAAUCUGACCUUGAAAAUCACCUCCGAGGCAGAAGGCACCAAAAGAACAUAGAAGCUUUUCAGGGAGAAGGCAAGGGAAGUGAACCAAGGCUGCAUGAAAAGAAAAUGCCCCAGCUUGCGGAAAAUAACCAGAAACCAGUGUCAAGAUGGAUGUGCAGCAUCUGCAGUGCUAAAUGCAAAUCUCAAUCUGACCUCUCGAGUCACCUCCGAAGCAGAAGGCACCAAGAGAACAUAGAAGCUUUUCAGGGAGAAGGCAAGGGAAGUGAAGCAAGGCUGCAUGAAAAGAAAAUGCCCCAGCUUGCGGACAAUAACCAGACACCAGUGUCAAGAUGGAUGUGCAGCAUCUGCAGUGCUAACUGCAAAUCUCAAUCUGACCUCUCGAGUCACCUCCGAAGCAGAAGGCACCAAGAGAACAUAGAAGCUCUGCAGGGAGAUGGCAAGGGAACUGAAGCGUCAAGAUGGAUGUGCGAUAUCUUCAAUGCUAAGUGCACGUCUCAAUCUGAUUUCGAGAGUCACCUCCGAGGCAGAAGGCACCAAUCAAACUUGCAAGCCUGAGUUCUCAGUGCAUGCAAUUGAGAUGCCAAAACAUAAGUAAGCAUAUAAAGGAAUCGCAGAACUUAAGUAGGACGUCUUCUAUUUUGGGGCUAACUUAUACGCAAGUUGUUGGCCUGGGCUGGGUAGACUCAAUUCUCCCCCCGUCCCAUAUUAUUUGUCGCUUAAACGGAUGUAUCUAGCACUGAGAUAUGUCGAGAUACAUCUGUUUCAGUGACAACUAAUAUGGGACGGUGGGAGUAUAACUUAGCAACUGUUAGCCUGAGCUUGGUAGACUCAAUUCUACUCCCUCCGUUCCAAAAUAGAU